AUGUCUGGCCGAGGAAAAGGUGGUAAAGGCUUAGGUAAAGGUGGUGCUAAACGUCAUCGUAAAGUAUUACGUGAUAAUAUCCAAGGUAUAACAAAACCAGCAAUUCGUCGUUUGGCUCGUCGUGGUGGUGUUAAGCGUAUAUCUGGAUUGAUUUACGAAGAAGUUCGUGGAGUGUUGAAAAUAUUCUUAGAAAAUGUCAUUCGUGAUGCUGUAACAUAUACAGAACAUGCUAAACGAAAAACAGUGACAGCUAUGGAUGUCGUCUAUGCUCUCAAACGUCAAGGAAGAACAUUAUAUGGCUUUGGAGGUUAG